GUUGUUAAUCAAGAAUACUUCAGCAGCAGAUGCCGCUAAGUUUCGAGAACCAGCUGACAAUGGAAAAGACACCUGGCUACUUGGUGACAUCCGGAGCACCACAGAGGGUAGCGAAUAUGUCGAGAGAUAUGCUGCUACUAAUUGUCGUCAGGGAUCCCGUAACGCGGGCGCUGUCUGACUACGCGCAAGCAUCAAGCAAAAGACCUCAAGAUACCAGAUCAUUUGAAGAUAUGGCAUUUAGGAAUUCCAGCACGGGGCUUGUUGACGCAGAUUGGACAGGUAUUCGAAUUGGACAAUAUGCUAAGCACCUGGAACGCUGGAUGCGUUACUUUCCUCUGAGUCGCAUUCAUGUGGUCAGUGGAGAGAUGCUUGUUGAAGACCCUGUUUUUGAAUUGCAAGCUGUGCAGAAAUUUUUGGGUAUUCGCCCCUUUAUAGGGGCACAACAUUUCUUCUUCAACCAGAGCAAAGGAUUCCCCUGUUUGAGGAAAUCUCCCCAUAGCGAAGUCCCUAGAUGUUUGGGGAAGACUAAAGGACGUUCUCAUCCCCAGGUGGCGCCAGCUGCGCUUCAGAGACUGAGGGACUUCUUCCGACCUUUCAACCAGAAAUUUUACCGGAUGGUAGGACGGGAUUUUGGUUGGCAAUGAAACAAUUUUAAAUAGAAAUCUCUUGAAUAAAGAGACGGAUGUAAUUAUAAAUGAAAAGAUAAAGUUCCUUACUGAAUGCCUAAAGUUCGAUAGGUAUUUUAUAGACGUUGUUAUUUUAUCUUUUUUUUAGAUAUAAUGAAUAAAAUGCAUAAAGUAAAGAAAUUGUAGAAUUAUUUUUGAUGGGUGAGGUAUUGAUGAAAAAAUUUGAAAUUAGCACUUCUUUUUUAAUAUGUUAUCAACUGAGUAUAACUUGUUCCUAGACUGAAUUCAUUUAUAAAGGCUGUUUAAAAUAGAUAAAACAGAGGAAUUACCGAACUGAUUUUCAUUUUACAGAGAGGGAGAGUACUUAUCAUCCAACAAAAUUUUACUCGUUCCAUGCACUAGUCCAAUUCAAAGACAUCUGAAGUCCAGUACUAUGGUUCAUGUCCAAUAUAGUCUGGAAAAGACAAUAUACACUGUGUCUUCUAUUGUUAGUUUCUUUUUCCCAUCUUUAGUGGUUAUUUAUAAGCACAGUACAGAUUUUUUGUGUUCCAUUUAAUUAAAAAUUAAAGCAUUUCUAUAAAAGUGUAAAACUAUUUGCCAUCUCAUCCUGAAAUGGUAACGAAUCCUAGACAUGAUCACUGAGCCUAACAAAAGUUAAGAAUUCCUAAGAAUUAAUAUUUGGUGAGUAAUAAAAAACUCUCAACAAUGGACUUCCUUAGAUGCAAACCUUUCUUGAAUUUCAGUGGAUUUAUUAGAGCUUAUUACGUCUUCCAGGAUCAUUAAAGUUGCUUAAUUUUAGCAACAGCAAAGAGAUAAGGACUUGAAUACUUUCAUAUCGGUAGGAAAUUAUAUAUACGUUCAUGUUUAUGCAAAAACUAUUUUGUAAAAGGUAAAUAUUAAGUAUUUUGUACCUACCAUUUUUUGCCAAAUGUGUGCCUUGUAAUUAAAAGGUAGUAAAUUUUGUAACAUAAAUCAUUCACGUGCCUUUUAAUAAAUGUGUUAUGUCAUAGUUACUUAGGUUAACAAUGGCUUAGGCUUUUGUGAAACUGAAUAAAAAUUUUGGCAUUUUUUCAUGUCUGCUGUCACAUAGUUCUGUCAUUCUACCUUAUUUGUAUAUUUUGUUUGUAUUUUGUAAUAAAUGAUGAAAGCAAAGACUGCUUUAAUAAA